CCAGUCAUGAACAUCAACUUCUGUAAAGAUUCAUCUGUACGCUGUUGAACAACAAAAUCACAUCUGCGUCUGACUUGGAAAGACAGGAAGAUGAGCAUCAUACACGUUGUCAUGUUUGAUUUCAAGCCACUGGCAACCCCAGAAGAGGUCCAGAUGGUAUGCGACCAGAUGCUGGCACUCAAGGACAAUUGUGUCCAUCCCCAGACAAAGAAACCAUACCUGAAGAUGGCCAUGGGUGGUAUAGACAACAGCCCAGAGGGGAAGCAGAAUGGCAUCACACACGUGUUUGUCAGCGAGUUCGAUAGCGAGGAAGAUCGACAGUAUUAUCUUGAGGAGGAUCCAGCUCAUCUUGCAUUUGUCAAGGACAUUGCUGGCAUUGUUGGAAAGGGGCAGGUUGUUGACUUUACUCCGGGUGUAUUCUUGAGGGCUCGUCAUCGCCACAGUGUGGGGUAGGACAACGGGCAGAAUCAGGCCAGCCCAGGCAAAAGUAAAAAGCAAAAAGCACAGCUAGGGUAUGGAACUCUGGGCAGAGUACGGAAAUAUAUAAGGGGAUACACUCAGAUAACUACAGAUACCUAGCUCUAAUAAUUAUUUUCAUUCCUCUGGAGAA